AUGCCGAGCAAGCUGAAAAAGGCGAUUGGAGUAGUUAAAGACCAGACGAGCAUUAGCCUCGCCAAAGUCGCCAACGGAGCCACCGGCGGCGGCGAUCUCACGACUCUCGAGGUCGCGAUCCUCAAGGCGACGAGCCACGACGAGGACAUCCCAAUCGACGAUCGUCUCGUCUCGGAAAUCCUCGGAAUCAUUUCCGCCAAGAAAUCCCACGCCGCCGCCUGCGCCUCCGCGAUCGGACGGCGGAUCGGGCGGACGCGGAACUGGAUCGUCGCGCUCAAAUCCCUAGUCCUCGUCCUCCGGAUAUUCCAAGACGGAGACCCUUACUUCCCUCGCGAAGUCCUCCACGCAAUGAAACGAGGCGCCAAAAUCCUCAACCUCUCCAGCUUCCGCGACGAUUCGAACUCGUGCCCUUGGGAUUUCACCGCUUUCGUCCGCACCUUCGCGCUCUACCUCGACGAGCGCCUCGAUUGCUUCCUCACCGGGAAAUUACAGAGGCGGUCCACUAACCGGGACCAAACCGGGAGAUUCAGCUCCAUCGGCGGCUCAACCAACUCCAAAUCUCGGUUUAAUCACAGAACCGCGACUAAAACCAACGAACCAGCGGUUCGAGACAUGAAACCGGUAAUGCUCCUCGACAAAAUCACGUAUUGGCAGAGAUUGCUCGACAGAGCGAUCGCGACGCGGCCAACGGGAGACGCGAAAGCGAACAAGCUCGUGAGGACGUCGCUCUACGCCGUCGCGCAGGAGAGUUUCGAUCUCUACAGAGACAUCUCCGACGGUUUAGCGCUUCUCUUAGACAGUUUCUUCCACCUCCCGUACCAAUCUUGCAUCCACGCGUUCCAAGCCUGCGUUCGAGCCUCGAAACAGUUCGAGGAGCUCAACGGAUUCUACGACCUCUGCAAAGCCAGCGGCAUAGCACGAACGUCCGAGUAUCCCAGCAUUCAGAAGAUCUCGCUAGAGCUUCUCGAGACACUGCAGGAGUUUCUGAAAGACCAGUCGUCGUUUCCGGCGAACGCGGGCAUGUAUUAUCCGUCGCCCAAUAGUCUUCUUCCUCCGCCUCCGUCGUCUAAAGACUCGACGGUUUCUAGCUCGCUUGAUUUUGGAGAUUCGACGACGGUUGAUACGACGUCGGAGAGAUACUCGGAUUGUAGUACUUCGUUGGAGGAUCUGAUGAGGACUGAAGCAGGGACUAGUAGUCCUCCGAUGUCUUGUCAUUCAGAGCCUUACGGAGGAGGGAGAGAAGAUCCUAACGGGAACAAUUUCGAUACGGUUUCGACUAAAUCUCUUCCGAAUGUUCCCUCUGUUUCUGCUUCCAAUCUCACAUUUAACCUGUUGGAUGAUGUUAAUGGGACCGCGAAAGCAACAAAAGAUGUUAAAGAGAGUAAGAAGAAGAAGAAGGGAGAAGAUUCGGAGGAGGAAGCUUUUGAUCCUUGGGAGGCGUUGAUGUUGAGAGAUGAUCCGAAAAAGAACGUAGAAACGACUACGGAAGAGCAUUCAAUCUCUGAGGGUAAGAGAGAUUCGGGGAAUUGGUUGCUUGCGUUGGAAGAAACCGCUACACAAGUUCAGGAUACUAACUCGAUGGCGAUAGUGCCGUUUGGAUUAGAUGAUCCAGUGGCUGCGUUUCAAGCCACCAUGGACCAGUACAAUCCAUUCUUGGAAGAACUAGCUGCGCCGUUAGCUUUAGCCGGUCCAGCUGUAAUACCGAUGAACACUUUCAAUGCCUUGGCUGUGACGGAGUUUCAGCCGGAACCGACAUUUCAGGUAAACGUGCCUGAAGAUUUUGAGCCGUCAAAGUGUGACCCAUUUGCAACAUUUGAGAGCUUUGGGUUUGGAGAGACAGUUUCAGAACAUGGAGGGGUACAUCAGCAAUCUGUGUUGCAAGAACAGCAGUUAUGGUUGCAGAACCAGAACAAGAUCAUAGCUAAGCAUUUGAUUUGA